AUUGUUUUUACAUUAGGUAUAUAUCAUUCUGGUCUCGAGUUGGACGAUCGAGAAUAUUGUUUUGGUGGACAUGAAAGAAUUGACGAAACAGGCGUAUUUGUGAUGGAACCUAGAGUAGGUCCGCCAAAUGUACUCUACAAACGAUCUAUUGAUAUGGGAUGUACAGCUUAUACAGAAGAAGAAAUUCAAGACAUCCUCAUUACACUCUCCAAGGACUUUGUGGGGCCCUCAUACAGUCUCUUAAAAAGAAACUGUAAUCAUUUCUCGAGUAAACUUUGUUUGCUCCUUACUGGAAGACCUGCCCCAUCCUGGAUCAACCGGGCAGCACAUCUCGGGACAUUUUUCCCUUGCAUUAUUACAGACGACUUGGUACAGCCACCUGACUUUGAUGAUAGUAGUGAAGAAGAAAAUGAUGUCCACCACGAUCACAGCAACGUUCGCAACAACCAGGAUCACUAUGCCGAUGACUACAGCUAUGACAACGACGACAACGACAACGAUACAAAUAACAACAAAAAUAGUAGA